AUGGUAUGUGCUGCCAAUCAGUCCGCCAAGCUAUUGGACAUCGUCGAUGAAGGAUCUGAGUGCCUCUUCUGCCGCUGCUGUCAUGCGGGGCGCGUGAAGCCCGACAAAAAGCAGCGUGCUGCCGUCGCCAUGAUGAGUGCCUUCAGCGGCAUGCAGGGUGACGUCUUGGUGGCAUGCCACUUGUUUGUUUGUGGGGUCACGUAUGGUGUGGGCCAAGGUGAAGGGGAGCUUCUCGAGAUGCUUUUGAUUCAGCUAUCGACUCGUGCAAAAGAAGCUGCGCGCUACGAUGCCCUCUUCCCUGUCCUGCAGAUGAUCCACGACCGAUUGGCGCGCUCACAAGCUGAGCCCACCGUGGCCGGAGCUACGCAGCGCAAUUUGCGCAAAGCAAUGUCAAGGAUGAGUUGCCAGCAGAUGAUCUACUUCAUGCAGAAGAACCCCAACCUGGAUUCCGACUUCAUGCAGAAUUUACGGGCCUGCUCGCCUGACUCUCGAAGGGACAACGGCACUGACUUCACCAAGAAGGCGAAGUUGCGCUUUGCGGCCUUCACUGUUCUUGGAUGCCGUCGGCUCGUGUGUAGCCGCAGGGCUGAGUCGAGGCCUUGCUAUCUGGUGCAGUCCAUGCCGGGCAAAGGUGCUGGCGCAGUCGCUGCCCGCCAGAUACUUUCAGGGGAGAUGGUUGCUGAGGAGGCACCUGUGCUGCAAUGGACAGGCGAGGACGAGGAGGAGUUGCAGAGGCUCUUCAACGCUCUUCCGCCAGAUAAGCAGACGGCGGUGAUGGAUUUGCAGGAUAGUUUCGCAGAUUCUGCAUCAGAGAAGACGCUGCUAGGCGUCGCCGGAACAAACUCUUUCCAGAAUGGUCAGCGGCUGGAUGACACUUGGGAUGAGCAGACGGACGAGCGUGUAUUGUAUUUGGAGCUCAGUCGCUUCAACCACUCCUGCAGCCCAAACUGCGAAGGAAGCUGGGAUGAUCGCCUAGGGCUGCUGCAAAUCUACGCCUCUGAGGAUAUUCCACUCGGAGAUGAGCUGUGCGUGUACUACACCGACGUUUGCAAACCUCGGGAUCUGCGACAGGAGAAGCUGCAGUCGCUGGGCUUCACGUGUGCCUGCCCGGUGUGUAGCUCUGCAGACCCUGCGAGUGAUGCACGACGUCGCCGGCUUUGGGAUCUGUCGGAGGAAAUCGCACACUGUGAGGACGCCGAGCAGGCCUUGGACAUGAUCCACGAAACCUUCAAGCUCUCCGAUGAAGAGGGGCUGACCAUCUCCAGCUUCAGAAAGGUGGCGGCCUAUCAGGCUUACACAUUCUGCCUCUCUUUGGGCCGCAUGGAGGAAGCAGGCGCGUGGGCUCAGCAAGCUUAUGAGUUCAGUCUGAAGGGCCAUGGCCCUGUGCAUGCCACAACAAAGAUCCUCCGCCAGCAUGCCAGCCGAUAUCGAAGCUGA